UUGGUCUGACCUCUGCGGUCUGUGCUGUCAAGUAACGAUGGCGCAAUCGGUCCUGUUCCUGCUUCUGCUCAACACCUCGGCCUGCUGCGGUUUUGGCUUUAAAGGCUGCACUCGGAACUUCCCCAUGACGGACGUCAUGUGGUGCUUCAACCAGAACAUCGCUAACCUCUCUGAAGUCGUUAGCAUGAUCCCAGAUAACAUAACAACGCUCAACCUGUCCAAGAACAAGAUCAGAGUCAUCCCACCUGGAUCAUUCAGUCAGGUGCCUGGACUCAAACGCCUGGACCUGAGCCAGAACCAGCUGGUCUCUCUUAAAGGAGGAGAAUUCAGAGGCCUGGGUGUCCUGGAUUGUCUCAACCUCACCUGCAACAACAUCUCACACAUCCACCCCAGUGCCUUUGAUGGGCUCACCAGGCUACAAACCCUGCUUCUGACCCACAACAUACUUGCGACAAUCACUCCGAUUAUCUUUGACUUCCUCCCAGCGAUUCAAGAACUCGAUCUGUCCCUGAACAUGCUCAAGGCCUUCAGUUGUGGGGACUCUGGUGGAUCCUCCACUCUUCGGCGGCUCGAUCUUUUUGCAAACAACAUCCAGAGGAUGUUUAAUGUGAGCGGUUUCCCUGCCCUUGAGUUCAUCAGGCUGUCCAACAACUCAAAACUGGAGCUGCAGGCUGAUGUUUUUGCCUCCAACCCCCGGCUGACGAGUCUGCUUUGUCAGGGAGUUAAAGCAGAAGUGCUGGUGGGACUCUUGGCGGAGACAAAGAAGAAUCUCUCUCGGGUGGCAUUUUCUCUGUUUGUGGAGAAAUCUCCAUUGACUAUCUGCGGAUUGCUAAAAGGAAUGGACCGGCUUGAGAAAGUAGAGGUUGACUUGAAAGGAUCCAGGUUACCUCCGACUAACUCGAGCCUGCUGGACUGCGACACUCCACCUGUGGUUGUUAUUAUGGAUGCAAAACUUGGGAAUGUCGCCCAGUUGUCGCUGGGGAGGGGCAAUACGAGCAGACUCUAUCUCAUCAACUGUGGGUUGAAGCAGAUAUCUCAUACCACAUUUGACGGUUACCGAGGACUGAAAGUGCUGCAGCUGAAUCAAAAUAAGCUCGACAUUCAGCCGGACGCGUUCAAAGGCCUGACCCACCUCGAGUUUAUAAGCUUCGACAGGAGCAAAAUACGUGACAUUGACCCCAACUGGUUCAUCCCUCUGAAGAAGCUGACUCGCCUGUCUCUCCUGAAAAAUGAAAUCACAGAGUUGACAUCAAAGGUAUUCAGCGCCCUUACUCGACUCGAGCAGCUCUACCUGCAGUUCAACCUGCUGAAAUACAUCAGCAAGAAGCCCUUCAGUAAGCUGCGGAGGCUAAAGAAGCUCAACCUCAGCUUAAACAUCAUUGAUUUCAUCGAAGACGGCACCUUCCAAGACCUGACAAGGCUCACGUACCUGGACUUGAGUGGGAAUCGGAUCAAGAGGCUGACACCAUACAUUCUGUCUGGCCUGACCAAUUUGAGGCAGUUUGUUCUGUACAACAACCGCCUUCAUUUUAGAUCCUAUGAAUCUCCUUUCAUCAACCUUACUUCUCUGGAGUAUCUGGAGAUGAACUACCAGGGGCCCGGAGGUGAAGGCAUUGGUGUCAUUGGACCGCGUUUCUUCCAAGGUCAACGUCAACUUACCUCAGUCGCCAUCGGGCACAGCAUCCAGGUGGACUUCCAUGCCGACGCCUUCGUUCCUCUGGUCAAAUUGAAAUUCCUGUACAUAGCUGGAGUGCUUAUGAAAACGACCAACCUGAGCGCAGUGUUCUCCCCUCUGAAAAGUCUGAAGAAGCUGACUCUUUACAGGGCGGACAUUGACGCUCUGCCUGCUAACCUGAUGCCUCCAGAUAAUACACUGGAGGUUCUCAAAGUCCAGUCAAACCAUCUGCACACUGUGGACAAAGCGAUGCUGGACGCUCUGCCAAGAUUGCGUGUUUUGGACAUUACAGAAAACCCACUUACCUGUACCUGUGAUAACGCCUGGUUCAAGUCCUGGGCCAUCCACGACACUCAUACACAGGUGUCCUACCUGUACAGCCUGUAUUGUGACAACGACAGGAGAUCUCCCUACCUGUGGCAGUUUGACGAUAAGGCCUGCUCCUACGAACAGGUUUCCUUCACUCUCUUCGUCGCCUUCUCUGUGGUGGACGUGUUGUUUGUAUGCGUGUGUCUGGUCUGGCACACACAGGGCCCCACUCUGCGCUACCUGCUGCUCCUCCUCAGGGCUAAACUACGUGGACGAAGGGGGGCAGCAGGAGCCAAAUUCCAGUACGACGCGUUCGUCUCCUACAGCUCUAAGGACGAGGCCUGGGUGAUGGAACAGCUGGUGCCCAAUCUAGAGAGGCCUGCUGCCGGUGCACCGAGACUCAGGCUGUGCCUCCACCACAGAGACUUUCGCCCCGGCGCUGCUGUUCUGGAGAACAUCGAGGCCGCCAUUUACGGCUCUCGCCACACCAUCUGCGUGGUGACACGUCACUUCCUGCGAAGCGAGUGGUGCUCCUUGGAGUUUCAGCUGGCCAGUCUGAGGCUUCUCUGCGAUGGCAGUGAUGUCCUGCUGCUGGUGUUCCUGGAGGACAUACCUGACCUCUGUCUGUCUCCCUACACACGAUUACGCAAGAUCGUACGCAAGAAGACCUACCUGAUGUGGCCUGAACCACAGGAGCAGGACGCUUUCUGGGUCAGACUGAUCGAUGCUUUAAAGGACAAUGAGGAGGAGGAGGAGGAGGAGGAGGGAGGAAGAGGUGGAGAACAAGACUUGGCACGGCUAAUUGGCUAGACCAAAUGUUAACUAUGUCAACAUACCCCACAAUUAUCUUUUCGCUGCCUGUGAAUUGUAUCGUGCAUUGUUUCUGUAACGUUUUAAUUUGCAGGCUCUUAAUAACUUGGCAAAGUUAAGAAAUUACGAAAUAAUAACCAAGUAGAAUCAAUUUAGUUGGAAAUUAUAGUACAGGAAUUGAUAAUGACAAGAAUAAGCUAUUGGUAGGGCUGAAAGUAAUGAUUAUUUUCGAUUGAUUGAUUUCGACGAUUUCAUUAUCGACAAAUCUGCCAAUUAUUUUCUAGAUUAAUCAUUUGGUCUAUAAAAUGUCCAUCCCAGUUUCUCAAAGUCCAGGGUGAUGUCUUUAAAUGUCUU